UCUGGCCAAUUCUAUCCCAGUCUCACGAACGCCCACCGAUAUCCAAAACCCAGGGCGACCCCUCCGUAUCCCGAACGAGUGAUCUCUCCCAGGGGAGCGAAUAACUGCAGUAUCUGUAACAGCUGUAAGAAAACUGAGCCUCACUACCAACUUGUUAUAUUUUUCAGAUCCGUCAGCAUGAUGCCUUUUAUAGCUGUGUAUGCGUGUUGUAUCCUGUUGUUCCCGACCGAUUGGGCCUCGACCAACCCUCAGCGGGCGCCGCCCAACCCUCAACGCGGACGAGACGCCAACUCACCACAAGACGCCAGCGCACCGCCGUUGUCCAACACCGUCUUACUCAUGUUGUCUGCUUGGGCCGAAACCCUCGGCACCGCCACUAACCGCUUCAGUCUUACCGCAUAUCUCCGUCUCCCCCUUUCCGUUUCUGAUCCGGUGCUUACCCCCUAUCUUGAACCACUCAAUGUUCCAGCCUGGUUCCGGGAUAGAUCCAAAGAUAAUCCCCCGUCCAUUACUGUUUACUACAACUGGGGGUCCCGCAAGUGGGUUCCCAGAAACACAACCUAUACUUGGCCGCCGGGUAUCACAUUUGCCCAUCUACACACGACCACACGGAACUGUACGUCUACAUCCACUGAUCACGUAGCAGGAACUAUAAGACCAGGUGUUCCUCACUCAAUUUCAUGUUCUCAGGUCCCGUGGGGAAUCAACCCUCGGGGCAUGAGCUGGUCCAGGUCUGAUAAUUCUCUGGCCUGGAACCCACAGGCCCUGACUCCCCCUUGGUACCUCGAACUUCCACCUUGUACCAGUCCUUGUGCCAAUUGUUCAGGUGCUCAUGCUAUUUGUCCACUCAGACCUGGCCCUGUCCCUCAAGUUACCCUUUCAUCUUUUCAUAGACCCCCAUCUCUAGUUACCUGGAACGCAUCUUUAGCUGUCAACGUGUCCGAAAAUUCUACAUGGCAUUCUUUUUUCUACCCUAUUUUACGUGUGGCAUUAAUGAGUUCGGCUUGUCAUGGCACACGACUCAUCCCCUAUAGACCUCCACGCGCUUGGCAAGCGUUUUCUUUUUUGGGCGACUGCACACAGUUGUCUACCCCUGCUCCAUUGGGACUACUGUGGGCCUGCUCUGAUGGCCGGCUAUAUACCGCCUUGCCAGCCACCCUUACCGGCAUCCAGUGUUUUCUCACCCACGUAGCAUUGUGUCCCCCCUUGUAUGCUAAUACGUAUUUACCCCACAGUCUCUUUAUACGCUGUCACCGGCCUACUCGUGAGCCCUACCCACACCAGGAGACGUGGAGCCAACUAUCCUGGCAUAAACGUUUAUGGGAAACCAUAAAAUGGGGAGCCGAGUCCCUCAUUCCUGGAUACGGAGAAAUCAAGAUCCACCUAGCUCUCGUACAACUCAUCGAACAGGUAGAGGAACUCACGAAUGCAACCCGCACAGCGAUUCAGCUACUUAACCUCCAGCUUCAAGCCACCUCUCAAAUGACUUUACAAAACUGCUUGGCAUUAGACGCAAUUCUUCUUCAACAGGGUGGACUUUGUCAAUACCUCAAUCUUUCUCGGGACCAUUGUUGUAUUGCUAUCCCCAGUGUUUCUCUUCCCUUAUCUCUACAGGUCGGCAAAAUGAAGGAAAUCGCAGCAAAGGUCAACCGUCUUUCGGGUAUAGGCCAAGGUUGGCUGUCAGACCUUUUCCGUUGGUUUGGAUGGGAUACGUCAUCAUGGCUCCUCAAUUUGCUAAUGCCCCUCAUUACGCAUUUGUUACCAAUUGCCGUCUUCCUCUGUUUUGAUUGUUGGAUUUUACAAUAUCUCAAAACAAAACUAACCUCGCUAUCUGCCUUUGUAUAUACCCGCUUGCCGACAGACCCCAAUUUUAUUGAUCCCGAUCCCAUUGUUCUUGAACCCCUCUCCUAG